AUGCUCUACGAAUUAAUAGCUAUAGUUCGACCCGGCAACGUGACCGAGGUCAAAGAAAUUGCCAAGACCGUCGGCUCGACCAUCCUGCGGAACGGCGGCGUCGUGCGCGGCAUCGCCAACUGGGGCGUGUUCGCGCUGCCGCGGCCCGUGUCGGUUCACCAGAUGAAGCACCACCACGGCCACUACUUCGUCAUGCGCUAUGACGCCUCGUCGCGGCUGCACGAUGAGGUCCGCAGCGUUAUGCGCCUUGAGCCGCGCAUGAUUCGCGCCGCCCACGUAAAGCUCGGCGACGGGAAGCUCGAAACCCUCUCGCGCUUCGGCGCCCCCAAGUGGCGAACCGAGGCCGGCGACGCGUAA